AUGAUUAAAUCAGAGGCUGUGUUCCGCAAAUACUGCGAGCAGUUAGGUUACCUACGUAACUUAACUGCUGUCAGCAUUUGCGGAUUUAUGUUUCUUAAAGGAAGGAUGAAAGUGACAGUGUCCAAGAUUUUAAAAAUGAACCAAGGAAAAGCUGAUGUCGAGGCUAUAUCUCAAAGCUAUUUGGUAGAACUAAGUGUAUUAGCUCCUAGUGGUCAAAAUGCCAUUGCAGAGGAAAUUAAAAACUUUGCUGAGCAGUUGAAACCACUUGUGCAACUAGAAAAAAUAAAUUAUAGUAGGCAACAUUAA